GGAAAAUAAUAUUAUAAAUGGGGCUUUCCCGGGAGCAUGUUGUGUGUAUGAUAGUAAUAAUAAUAAUGGCAAUGGGAAUGUUUGGAGAAUCUUUAGCCUCGUCGUCGCUCCACAAGGUGGGUGGCUCCGCCGGAUGGACUACCCUCGGCAACGUCGACUACCAAAAAUGGACUUCUUCCGACGUUUUCACCCCCGGAGAUUCUCUCUUAUUCGUUUACAACACACAGUUUCACAACGUCAAGCAAGUGAGCCGCCGUGCCUUCAUCUCCUGCAACGCCACUUCAGCCUUAGCCACCUACAAUUCCGGAUCCUAUACGGUGGCUCUUAAGAAACCCGGCCACUACUACUUCCUCUGCGGCAUCCCUGGUCACUGCCAAGCUGGCCAGAAGCUCCAUGUACUCGUUGUUGCCACCUCCACUGCCAGUCCCAGUCUUAGUCUUAGUCCGGAUCUAUCCCCUGUUCCCUCACCCUCCACCGGGUCGUCUCCAUCUCCCUCUCCGGCCACUGCUUCCGAAGACUCCGCUCAAAACGGUGCCAUUUCAUUUUCACUGUCACUGUCCACGGCUAUGAGUGGCGUUGUCGUGUUUUGGGUGGCAUUGAUGUUAUAUUAAUCAAGAGAGUUGUUCAUGCCAUGUUUUUUUAUCACCUAUUCAUGUCAUGUUUUGUGUUUGUUAUUAUCAGCUGUGUGUUUUUAAUUUUUACUUUUUUUCAACAUCCCUUUCGUUUUAAAAAACUAUAAUGAUUAAAGUAUUUGGUAUGAUUAUGGCU